AUGUCACCUCUGAAUCCAACUAAAGCGGCACGUAUGCUCCUCGAUAGAGAUGUGUUUGCCCUAGCGGCUGGAGGUGUGCUUAUGGUAGUUCUCCUCGAUCACAAUGUGGUUGGCACAUGUUAUGCAUUCACACCUGCGCGAAUAGGAAAAGUUCAUUAUUCUAUACAACCUGGUACACGCGACCUUAUUGCUACUAGUCCGCAAGCAGACAAUAACCAUUCACCAUUUGGUAUUUAUAACGAUGACAUUACAAUUCAUCUUCUGGAUACACCCCAGAAUCAAGUAUUCAUCUAA